AUGUUUAAUUUAUUGAUAAAACCGAUUAGAUUUGUUCGCCCUGUUUCUUUGGUUUCUUUUGCAAAACCUUUGGUCGCAACGCGUGGCCUUGCAACGGUAAAAGAUCAAUCAUUUACUCUCAACAAAAAACCACCUCCUCCAACCGCACCCUAUGCUCCCGUUUAUAACAAACCAACUCCCGCAACCCUCAAAUUAAAAUCUGGCCAAGUUUUUUCUGGCACCUCUUUUGGAGCAAAUGUUCAUGUUUCUGGAGAAGCGGUGUUCACAACAUCUCUGGUUGGAUAUCCAGAAUCCAUGACUGACCCAUCUUAUCGGGGACAAAUCCUCGUCUUCACCCAACCCCUCAUUGGGAAUUAUGGUGUUCCAGGAAUCUUCAAAGAUGAAUAUGGCUUGCUCAAAUUUUUUGAAUCGGACAGAAUUCAUUGUGAAGGAAUUGUUGUUAGUGAUUAUGCAUCUCGUUAUUCACACUGGACUGCGGUUGAAUCGUUGGGCGAAUGGUGCACCCGUUUUGGAGUUGCUGCAAUCUCCGGAGUUGACACUCGAGCAAUUGUUCACAUCCUAAGAGACCAGGGUUCAACCCUCUCCAAAUUGUGCAUCGGAGAAAAUACGGAUUUCUCCAAAAUCCCAUAUUCCGAUCCAAAUGAACGAAAUCUCGUUGCAGAAGUUAGUACUGCGGUCCCUGUUUCUUACAAUCCCUUCGGGGAUGUAAGAAUUGAUUGUGGUGUUAAAAAUAACAUCAUUCGAGCCCUUGUAAAACGCGGAGCCGCUGUGACUGUUCUUCCGUGGAAUUUUCCCAUCAACAAAGUUUCGGAUCAAUUUGACGGCAUCUUCAUCAGCAAUGGCCCUGGAAAUCCAACAAAAGCCGUGGACACAAUCAAAAACAUGCGUCAAGCAUUGGGCUCGUUUCAACGCCCAAUUUUCGGAAUUUGCAUGGGCAACCUGAUUUUGGGUCUUGCAGCAGGGCUUGAUGUGUAUAAACUCCGUUUUGGAAAUCGGGGUCAUAAUGUUCCCGCUUUGAACAUGCUCGAUGGGAAGUGUCAAAUCACUUCCCAAAAUCAUGGUUAUGCAUUGCAAGAUAACAAUUUGCCAACUGGAUGGACAAAGUAUUAUGUGAACGCAAACGACGGCUCAAACGAAGGAAUUCGCCACAAAACGCUCCCAUUCAAGAGCGUCCAAUUCCAUCCUGAAGCAAAAGGUGGACCUCAAGACACGGAGUUCUUGUUCGAAGAAUUCCUUUCAAAUGUUCGCGCUGAUAAAACCCAACGUGAAGGGAUCAAAACCUUUGUUCCAGAAACAUUCGUUUCACAAUCGCAAGUUUCCCCGUCCACCCUUCGUGAUUGA